CCUCUCUCUCUCUCUCUCUCUCCCUCCCUCCCCACUAUUCAUUUUGUUUACUAUAAAACCUCUCUGCUGCUCCUUCUCUUUUGCUCCUCGUAAACUGUAAACCCUAAAAUCCCAGUCUCUCUCGCUUCUGGCGGUGGCAAAUGGUUGUCCAAUCGCCGGAGGAGAUGGUUUCCGUUGACGUCGCGUCUGCAAACCCACAUUCCGAUGAGAAGAAAAGAAGAGUCAGCUCUCGCCUCCAGGUGAAGCAGAAACCCCAAAAGGAACUUCUCGUCCGCCAGAGAGUGGAACUACUCGACGAAAUCGAGCAAGGCCCCCGGAAGAAACCAAAUGUCGCCGACUCUGGGUCUGAGGACCUCCCCAAGGACAAGAGUGACCGUGUUAAGGUCAAAGAGACCCUCAGAUUGUUCAACAAGCACUAUCUCCAUUUCGUCCAGGAAGAAGAGAAGAGGGCCCUGAAAUUUGAAGCUCUGAAGAAAGCAAAGAGAGGUGCUAAAAAGUCUAAGGGGCCUCCGGAGACAAAGGUGGCAAAACGACCUGAUUUGAAGGCAUUAACCAAGAUGCAAGAUGGAAAAGAAAUUUUAUUUCCUUCUAAAAGAUUUGGAAGCAUUCCGGGUAUUGAUGUUGGGCAUCAGUUCUAUUCUCGUGCUGAAAUGGUUGCUGUUGGUUUCCACAGCCACUGGCUGAGCGGGAUUGAUUAUAUGGGCCAGUCCUAUAGUAAAGGGAAGUACAGCAGCUAUACAAUGCCACUUGCAGUUGCUAUUGUUAUAUCAGGCAUGUAUGAAGAUGAUUUGGACAACGCUGAGGAAGUUGUGUAUACUGGUCAAGGCGGACAUAAUUUGACAGGUGAUAAGCGUCAAUGCCGAGAUCAAAAACUAGAACGUGGUAAUCUGGCACUCAAGAAUUCUGUGGAACAAAAUGUACCUGUUAGAGUAGUUCGUGGCCAUGACUGUAAAAGUAGUUACUGUGGAAAAAUUUACACUUAUGAUGGUCUCUACGAGGUUGUAAAGUAUUGGGCAGAGAAGGGUAUUUCUGGAUUUACUGUUUUCAAGUAUCGUCUUAAGCGGCUUGAGGGGCAGCCGCUGCUGACCACCACUCAGGUUCAAUUUAUUAAUGGACGUGUACCACAAUCUAUCUCAGAAAUACGCGGGUUGGUGUGCGAGGACAUAACUGGUGGUCUAGAGGAUAUUCCCAUUCCAGCUACCAAUUUGGUCGAUGAUCCACCCGUUGCUCCUACAGGUUACACAUAUUGCAAGUCUGUUCAAGUUGCAAAAGAUGUGAAGCUUCCCACAGGUGUGACUGGAUGUACUUGCAAGGGAAGCUGUGUAGAUUCCAAUACUUGUGAAUGUGCUAAAUUUAAUGGCUCUGACUUUCCAUAUGUGCACCGUGAUGGUGGCAGAUUAAUCGAAGCCAAGGAUGUAGUGUUUGAAUGUGGGCCAAAGUGUGGUUGUGGACCUUCUUGUGUCAACCGUACUUCUCAGAGGGGUCUCAAGUACCGGUUUGAGGUUUUUCGAACUCCUAUGAAGGGGUGGGCAGUUAGAUCUUGGGAUUUUAUACCUGCUGGGGCACCAGUUUGUGAGUACGUAGGCAUUCUUCACAGGACAGAAGAUGUGGAUAGCGCCUCGGAGAAUUAUUACAUCUUUGACAUUGAUUGCUUGCAAACAAUGAAGGGGCUUGAUGGGAGGGAGAGGCGUUCACAGGCUGUUUGCAUACCGACAGUUGAUUCCCUAGAGAGGCCCGAUGAUCAGAGAUCUGAUAACGUGCCAGAGUACUGCAUUGAUGCAGGUUCUAAUGGAAACAUUGCCAGAUUCAUAAACCAUAGCUGUGAGCCUAAUUUGUUCGUUCAGUGUGUCCUGAGUUCUCACCAUGACAUCAAACUAGCUCGAGUAAUGCUGUUUGCAGCAGACAACAUACCUCCUCUGCAGGAACUGACAUAUGACUAUGGUUAUGCCCUUGAUAGCGUUUUGGGGCCUGAUGGGAAGGUAAAGAAGAUGUAUUGCCAUUGUGGUGCAGUAGGUUGCAAGAAACGCUUGCUCUAGGAGAUGAACAAAUUCCGCAAAACUAGACUUUUGUUUUUGGAACUACAUGCUAUGUGUUUAUUGCGUUUCUAGUUGUAGUUCCAUCAAACUCGAUGUAAUUUGAUAUCCUUCCGAGGGAGGCUUUUGUAACUGAAUUCUGCUGUAAAUCAAUGUGAGGAGGAAAUCAAACAAUCUCAAUGAAAAGAGAAGUAAAUCUUACUAUCU